CACUGCUGGUAGUAAUCAAAGUGGAAACAUGCGUGCUUGACUCCCUGGUGCUUAGAAAUAGAUUUUAGUGUUAUUUAUAACGUUUCAGACCAAGUAUUUCCUGGAGGACCGUGUGUCUUAUUUCAGAAUGGCUUCGUCAAUGCCGCAGAAGCGUUACUACAGACAGAGAGCUCACUCUAACCCGAUGGCAUACCACUCGUUUGAUUAUCCUGUGUGUCCUGAAGAGAUGGACUGGUCUGAGUUGUACCCACACUUCUUUACUGAAAAGCCCUUUGAAAGAGAAGAGUCCCCCAGGGUUGAGUUUGCAGAUAUCGGCUGUGGAUACGGGGGGCUUUUAGUGGAGUUAUCUCCACUCUUCCCAGACAAGCUCAUGCUGGGCCUGGAGAUCCGAGUGAAAGUGUCUGAUUAUGUUCAGGAUCGAAUUCAGUCACUGCGUGCUUCUGAGCCAGGAAAGUACCAGAACAUCGCCUGCCUUCGCAGCAAUGCCAUGAAAUACCUCCCCAACUUCUUCUCCAAAGGACAACUCAGUAAGAUGUUCUUCCUCUUCCCUGACCCUCACUUUAAGAAGACCAAACACAAAUGGAGGAUCAUCAGCUCCACACUGCUGGCCGAGUACGCUUACACACUCAGAGUUGGGGGUUUGGUGUAUACCAUCACAGAUGUGGAGGAAGUAUACCUGUGGAUGGUGAAGCAUUUCUCUGAACAUCCUCUGUUUGCACGUGUCUCUGAUGAAGAACUGGAUGGUGAUGUCAUCAUAAGUCGUCUGGGUACUUGCACUGAGGAAGGAAAGAAAGUGCAAAGAAAUGGAGGGAAGAAUUUCCUGGCAGUUUUUCGGCGGACCGAGGAUUUGGUUUAAGACCUAACUGUUUGGACUUUUGUUAACUGAGAUCAAGGUCUAAUGUGGCCGUCUAUGAAGAGGAUAAUGCCCUGUGGAGCCAAAGGCUGUAUCUUUGUACGACAGAUUAAGAGGUUUUCUCAUACAAAUCGACUAACAUUUACAACAUUACCUUACAGAGGAUUUAUUUGUUUUUUGUUUUUUAAUAAUUAAUGUAUUUUAUUCCUCUGCAUUCAGAAGAUGGCACGGAGGAAGAAAACGGAAUGCAUCUCAAGUCAGACCACAUUUGAGAAACUUUUUCUUUUGUUUAAGUUUUGAUGUGCUCCAUUUAUUACACAGAGUGCUGAUGUAGAUAACCUGUAAAGAAGAAAAUUAUUUUGGUAAAAGAAAAAGGCAGUGAUGUUUUUCAUUCUGUAGUUAUUUUGGCCUGGAGUAGGUUGGGUCAGCAGUAAAUCAAACAGACUGACUUCAGUCCAUGUCCUGGAUCUUCGGCAUUGCUAUGCUAUCCCUUCUGACCCAACUUCAAAAUACAAGGAUUUAGAGUUGAGUAGUAAUUUAAAAGCUUAUUAAAAUGACUCAAACUUAUGCCUGAUGAUAUAAUUUAGUGUUGGAUUCAUGGUGGUAAUUCAGGAUAUUGGCAGCUGAAUCUAAAAUGGAUUAGACUGAGAAGUUUGCCAACAAUCUCGAUCUACCCCUGGCUUGUUUGCUGCGGGUCAUUUUCUGGUUUAGAGAAUAAACCAUUAGGCCUU